CUUACACGUUCCCCUUGUAUCUUUAUCGCCUUACAAUUAUUCAACAUCUUCAACAAAUCGCCGUCGAACGCGUCUCAUCAAACCGCGAUUCGUCAGGAACUAAUACCCUGGUAAAUCUAGUAAAUCUAGUGAAUCCAAUCGCCCUGUCCUUUUCGUCAAGUAAACGACCAUGUCCGAACGAAAAGUACUCACCAAAUACUACCCCCCUGACUUCGAUCCUAGCCAGAUCAAGAGAGUCAAGGGGCCGAAAAAUGCCGGUCCGAAAGUUCAGACUGUCCGUCUGGCAGCACCAUUUUCUAUGAAAUGUACUACGUGCGGAGAGUACAUCUACAAAGGGAGAAAGUUUAACGCGCGAAAAGAGACGCCAGUGGAUGAGAAAUAUCUCGGCAUUCAGAUCUUCAGAUUUUACAUCCGGUGUACGAGAUGUAGUGGACAAAUCACAUUCAAGACAGAUCCCAAGAAUCAAGACUAUGCCUGCGAAAGUGGAGCAAAGCGGAGCACAGAGCCAUGGCGGGUAGGACGCGAUGAGACAGACGAGGAGCGGCUGGAUAGGUUAGAAAAAGAAGAGGAGGAGCGCAACGCCAUGGUGGAGCUCGAGGCCAAAACAGUAGACGCAAAGCGUGAAAUGGCGGUUGCGGACGCGCUCGACGAGAUCCGCACACGGAACGCCCGACUGGAGCGCGCGAACCAGGAAGGCGUAGAGGUGGGCGUCGCACUGCCCAUCGACACCGAAGCCGAGCGGCAAGAGAGGGAAGACGCGGAGGCGGCGAGGAGAGCUUUUGAGUUUGCGAGACAGGUCGAUAAAAUGACGGAAGACGUUAUAGAGGAGGAAAUGGAUGACGUGGCGCCUGCUUCGUCGUCGGCAAUAGCGUCUGGGAGUAGCGGCAGCAGCACUCCUCAGCCCCAGCCCCAGCUUUCGACGACGACGGCGUCGGCGUCAGUAUCAGUGUCAGUGUCAGCGUCAUCCCCAAGUGCAGACAUGCCACCACCACCGUCGUUCAAGCGGGUGGUGAAGAAGAAAAAGGAUCAUUCGGCAGCACUCGGGAUUAAGAGGAAGGCGCCUCUUGUGUAAACGGGGUCGAUAGCUAUAAUAGCACCCAAUUAUGAGCAAAUCGGAUUCACGGCAUGGCAUACAUAGCAUAGCAUUAGGUAGCGAAAGAUAUUAUUUUAUUGGCCUGGUUUAUUAACGACAUGGCCGGGGCCGCGCGGGCCAUCGUUCAAUAAUAAUAAUAGUAGGUAAAAAUAGCUACAUACAAGCAUUUCCUAACGCUAGCAAACAUGCCAGUUAACGAAUAUCCCCAUGCAUCGGCAACCCGCGGAGAUCAACAUAAACAUAUACCAGCAUAUAACAUAUGAAUGAUGGAGAAGUCCCCGCGUCCCUAUCGAAUCCCUGUUCCGCCCGACCCGACAUACAUUCGCCAAAGACGAAUGAGAAGUCCAUCUUUAUACAUCAGGUACUCAGGUAGUAAUGCUGUGUGAAGGGAAAAGAAGGAAGGCUUUCCCCCUAACCGCGGGCUAUCAUUAAAAACAACA